CUGGCGAUCUAUACAUCGAGCAAGGCGGCGAACACGGACUGCGGGCUGCGGAGGACACUUUUCCUCUCCUCCCGCCAACAACCACCUUUCCUUCACUCUGAUUAUCCCCGAUUUUGAAAACACUUUCGCAAUAUAACUCUAGUUAUCCAUUUAGAAUAACCGAAAUAUCCAAUCUUGCUGACUCCACAACUCUACCGCUCCGCAAACCCCCCCGCAACUCCUCCCUUCGCAUCUCCAUCUACCGGUUCAUCACCUCAGCCUCAUCGCCGCCAUGCUCUCCUUCCUUGGGUCGAGUAUGUCGAAUACGCGACAAUCACUCGCACAAGUACUCAAUUUUGCGCUCGUUCUUUCAACGGCAUUUAUGCUCUGGAAAGGCCUGUCUGUAGUGACGGCAUCCUCAUCGCCGAUCGUCGUCGUCCUCUCAGGAUCCAUGGAGCCCGCUUUCCAGCGAGGCGACCUCUUGUUUUUGUGGAACCGCAGUCCCCGCGCGGAAGUCGGCGAGAUCGUGGUCUACAACGUGAAGGGCAAGGAUAUCCCGAUUGUGCACCGAGUCGUGCGCACGUUCCCUGAGGUGGAGGGGAAAAAGGAGAAGACGGUCAAGGAAGUGCCCGAGUCGUCGCCGAUCCCCCCGAACAUGCUUCUCACCAAGGGCGACAACAACAUUGCGGAUGAUACGGAACUUUAUGCGCGUGGACAGGAUUUCUUGCACCGCAAGGAGGACAUUGUGGGGAGUGUGAGGGGAUAUAUGCCGAUGGUUGGAUACGAACUCGCCGAACUCACAGAAUCCUCUCCAGAGGGUAUCUCGGUUGAGCUUGCGAACGAAGCUGACCUCUACCAAUGGAGGGUCUUCAUGGACGGGCCUGAGGGGUCUCCUUUCUACAAAGGCCGCUUCGAACUCAAACUCUCCCUGCCGACAGAAUACCCCUUUAAGCCGCCAACUGUCUCCUUCGUGACGAAAAUCUAUCACCCUAAUGUAACGAACGACGACAAGGGAAGCAUGUGCCUGGGUAUGCUCAAGGCUGAUGAAUGGAAGCCCUCUUCAAAACUACUUGCUGUUUUGCAGUUCGCCAGAUCGUUGCUCGAGGAGCCGAUGCCAGAUGACGCCGUUGAGGGGCGGAUCGCAGAGCAGUACCGCGAGGAUAGGGCAAGGUAUGAAGAGAUCGCAAGGGAAUGGACGAGGAAGUAUGCUACAGCGUCAUAAAGUGGUUUGGAAUGGGAUAAGGGGUGGCAGUGGUGAUUGUACGCUUGGUGCGGACGCUGGACGGCCGCGUUGGGCUGUGACGGGGGAGGGGGGAUAGUGCACUACCGGAUAUUCUUGACGAGAGACAGAUACGAGGUGAGGUAGACUAUUUUGUUUCCAAUGAGUUAUGCUUCACGUAUGGGUUGGGUUUGCAUUGGCCACGGCUUUCAAGGAUCUACGGUUGCAUAACUGGUGAUGCGAGGCUACUGGUCUUUAUGAUUCUAUGCGUGUCUGCAAAGGCAGUGUCUCUACUUGCAUACUCUGGACGUAGCAAUGGCAUUCUAUGAAGUCAGUUUCUGAUCAAACCCACUUCUCGCGUAGAUUUCGAC